CUCUGGACAUGAUGACACUCUUGUUGAAUGGAGCGGCUGGUAUCGGCUGUAUCUGAAUGGAGAAAGUGCCCAGAUGUCUGAGUGGUGUGUGAGUUAUGUGAAAUGUGGAGGUCAAACUGCACUGCAUCUCAACGGUUCUCAUCCAACACUUGAGGAUGGAGUGGUGACCCGUGGAGUCUUGGGGACUAAUUCAUGGUAUUGGUGGUAUUCCAAUCAGUGUGGCGCCUACAGCUCCUCAUCCAUCCGAGUCAAAGCCUGUCCAGGAGAUUAUUACGUCUAUGAGUUUGUCAAACCCGUCAUAUCAGCCCCCCAGCCUAUGUACUGUGCAGUUGCUUUCCAAAGCAUCAGCAGUGAUCCCUGCUACAACUAUGAGUCUCUGGAUCGUCCCUGGAGAGCCAACAAUGAAAGUGGAGGAGAUUACAUUUGUGAUGAAAGUUUCUCCUGGAAUGGCUGGUACCGGUUUUUCUACUAUGGAAUGGACAUCCGGAUGUCAGAGACCUGCAUUAGUACAUUCACCUGUAACACAAACUUCAAUUUGUGGCUCAUUGAUCCUCACCCUCAGAUAGAGGAUGGAGUGGUGAUCAGGGAGAUCUGUGGAGGGACUUAUUGGGGAAGCUGCUGUAAUAACAAGUUUAACCCCAUCAGAGUGAAAGCGUGUCCAGGCAAUUACUAUGUCUAUGAACUUGUAAAUCCACAAUUUGAGUGUUCAGGAUACUGCACAGAUGUCAGCACUAUUUCACAGGCGGUUUCCACUGUGAGUCCAGAUAUAUUCACUGGAUCCACCAUCAACUUGAAUUAUGACCCGUGUAAUAACUACAACACACUCGACAACUACUGGAGAAGCACACUCAAUUACUGGUCUAUGUAUGGAUACAUAUUUGAUCAUGAUGACACUCGUGUAGAAUGGGACGGCUGGUAUCGACUCUUCAUUAAUGGAUCAAGUGCUCAGAUGCCUGAGUGGUGUUUUAAUUAUAUGUCAUGUGGAGGUCAUAUUUCUCUGUGGCUUGGUGACUCUCAUCCUCGACUAGAAGAUGGAGUUGUUACUCGUGAAGUUUACGGCUCCAGUAAUGAUCAGUGCAGUCGCUACAGAUCCGACCCAAUCCAAGUCAAAGCUUGUCCUGGAAAUUAUUAUGUCUACAAAUUUACCAGACCAACUCUUUCAAUCCCAGCUCCUGUAUAUUGUGCAGUGCCUUUCUCCACCCCAAGUGUCGACCCCUGCUACAACUAUACCAGUCUGGAUGAGCCUUGGAGAUCCACAGACAACUAUUACAACUACUAUGGCAUGUGUGAUUAUAAUGUGGAGUGGAAUGGCUGGUACAGGAUGUUCAACAAUGGUGAAAAUGCUCAGAUGUCAGAAUCAUGUGUAAAUCAGGGCAUGUGUGGCACUUAUUAUCCACUGGUGCUCAACGGUACUCACCCACAGCUGGAGGAUGGAGUGGUCACCCGUCUGGUCUGUGUCUUCUCAUGGGGUGUCUGCUGUUCUUACAAAUCCCAUCCUAUAAGAGUCAAAGCCUGUCCAGGAAAUUACUACGUUUAUGAGUUUGUCAAGCCAAUGUUUUGUGGAGCUUACUGUGUUGAGACGAUCCCAUCCAUAGGAUCCAUUACUCCACCAAUCACAACCACUGCUCCCCCUGUUGACCCCUGCUACAACUACACUAUCCUGGAUGAUUCAUGGAGAGCCACCAACAAUCAACAUUCCUCUCAGAUAAUGUGUGAGGCUUGGGUCAGCUGGAACGGCUGGUACCGUCUCUUCAUUCAGGGUCAGAGCGUUCAGAUGCCGGACACAUGUGUUGAUGAGUAUAGUUGUGGCACUCAUGCUCCUCUGUGGCUGAACGGAGGACAUCCAACAGUUGAGGAUGGAGUGGUCACUCGAGAUGUCUGCGGUCACUGGAGCAAUAACUGCUGCUAUUUCCAGUCCAAUCCCAUUAAAGUCAAAGCCUGUCCAGGAGAUUAUUAUGUCUAUGAGUUUGUGAGGCCAACUGCCUGCAGUUUGGCAUACUGUGCAGAUUCAAGCACCAUAAACACUACUACCACUGUCAUGCCAGAGACAACCACAACCGAAACUACAACAACUGAAACUACAACUAUGGACAAUACAACGGAUGUGAGAGAUCGCUGUUCUGAACUCAGCUGCUCUGAGGAUGAAUGGUGUGGGAAGAAAAAUGGUGUUUAUGGCUGUUUAUGUAACGAAGACCAUCACAGACCACAACCUGACUCUUUUGAUUUCUCGGAAACCUGUGAAAGCAGCUCUGGCUCCAUAUCUGUGUCUCGCUGUCAGCUCUUUGAGGCUGGUUUUCCAGCUGAUGUCUUACACCUCAAUGAUCCCGACUGCAAAGGAACGGUCCGGAACGGCCGAGUGGAAUUCCUCUUUGAUAAUGAUGAACACAUCUGUGGAACAAAUCUUGUGGCUAACGGCACCCACUUCAUCUAUAACAACUUUAUUGUGGGGACACCGAGAUCAGAAGGUCUAAUCAUCAGCAGAGAGAAAAUCCUGCAUCUUAAUUUCAGCUGUGCUUAUCCUCAAUCACAAACACUUUCCAUGAAUGUGGAAAUCAAUCCACUGGGGAGCAUGGUGAACAAGACUCUUCCCGCUGGUGAAGGCAGAUAUCAGGUCUGGAUGAUCCCAUAUGAGGAUGAUGAGUUUACCCGGCCCUUCACUGGUCGAGUGGAUGCAGAGCUCGACCAGGAGAUGCAUGUGGAAGUUCGUGUUGAGGGGGUCGACAGCCGCCAGUUCGCCCUGGUGAUGGACACGUGUUGGGCUACACCUGUGAAUGAUCCCGAUUACAGCCUCCGCUGGGAUCUCAUCCUUUCAGAGUGUCCGAAUCCAGAUGACGACACAGUGGAUCUGCUGCAGAACGGCGUCUCGACAUCCAGCCGUUUCUCCUUCAGGAUGUUCAUCUUCACUGCAAACUCCACUAGGCUUUAUCUGCACUGUGCUGUUCACCUUUGCCUUCUGUCAAGCAAUCGCUGCUCAACGGACUGUGGCUCUGGACACCAGCGGAGAGAGCGCAGGUCUCUGGACUUCCAUGACAGUGCUUCCAUAUCCAUGGGUCCUCUGGUGUUGUCUGAAGGGAACACAGAUAAGUGGGUCCCAGAACAAGUGAAGGUAUCUGAGGCUUCUUGUGUGUGUGGUUCUCUGAUGCUGAUACUUGUUCCUCUGAUGAGUGUCCUCACACACUUUUAGUUUAGUACCACAACAAUUUACAUGCAGAUUGUCUAGAUGAGUAGUUUUAAUUAAUGUGGGACUGAUGCUACACUGGUUGUGGGUUUCUAAACCAUGCACUUCAUGUGGACUAAUAAGGGAAUUAUUAUUUAAUCAUUUACGUUUAUUUCUAUAUAGUGCAUUAAUUCUGUAUUACUUGGGGGAAUGUGCUGCUACAACAAAGAACAAAGAAAUAAUUUGGCCAUUCCUUUUCUCUGGAGAUUUGUGAUAUUGUUAUUGUAGGCAACUAACUAAUGUGACUUUCUUUUCCUAAAAAUUGUGUUGUAAUUUUUUUAUUCGGUCUUUUUGUUUAAGGCGAGAAAAAGUUCUGAAUUGUCUAAAUGAGGAAAAAAUAAAUACAUGUUAUGGUUGGCCGCAAAGUCUAUUUUUGCUUUUUUAAUCAUUUUCAUUCAGUAAAAGUACGAGAAAGAUUAAUGAUCAUAACAUUAUCUUUGUAUUGUUAUCUUUGCAACUGUUUGACUUAUUUUCCAUCGUGAUGCUAUGAUGUUAUGCAUGAGAAGAGUUUUGCUAUUUUACUUUCAGUUGUUUGAAGAAUGUUGCAGCAUUGGUUGAAUUGUUCUUUUCAUAAAGCAAGAUGAGGUGAA